ACCGCUGUCCAUCUCCAUCAGGAGCACGCAGCAGAAUUAAUUAAGGUCUGGUCGCCAAUGGAGAAACCUCAACUACACAAAGAAGAAGAAGAAGAAGAAGAAGAAGAAAAAGAAAAAGAAGAUACCAGAAAGCAGCAGCAGCAGCUUCCACACAUAUCGCCCAUGGAACCGCUGACUAAGGAGGCUUACGGCGGCGGGAUGUACGGCAAAGACGACAAACCGAAUCUGCAGCAGCAGCCGCCGGCGAGCGCUACGCAGAGCGCCGACGGGCCGGCUGAAGCCACCGCCGCGCCGAAGCAUACGCCGCCGCCGUCUACCGGCGACCGAGACCGCGAUAUCACUGGCCAAUCUUACAUUCAAUAAUUGGUUUAAUUUGUUUGUAUAAUAUAAUUAUGGAUGUUAACACAAAUAUGUAGAAUUUGUUUU